GGAGGUGCAGAGCCAGGUGGGGAUGGAGCUUCAGGGCUGGGGUUCGCCCCUGCAGCAGCUGAGCUGCCAGGGCUGGACUGGUGUCCACCACGAGGUUGGGCAUGGGGCUCUUAUCCUGACUGGGGAAUAGGAGCUCUGUGCUCCUCGAGCCUUCUGUGGGUUUGCCAAAAGCAGGGGGUGCUGUAACAUGCACUGGGGGGACAGGCAGGACCCAGCCAUCCUGCUCGGGGCCAGAGCAGUGCACUCUGCCCUUCCCUUCGCAGCCCUUUCCCCAGCAAAGCCCCUCUGGCAGUGGGGAUUCCCACCCUGCCAGUGCAGCCCCGAGCUGGAUCGCAGCCGAGUAUCCCUGCCCAGUGAGGGCAGCACAGCAGGCCCACAGCGAAUGGACUUCAGCAGCUUGGCACAAGGAAACCAUGUGGAAUUGCUUAAUAACCUGCUCACGGCCCUUCGAUGUCCUUGCAGGGUUAAUGAGUAAAAAGAUCCAUUGUUUUCUGCCAAGGCAGCAGCUGGGCUGUUAUUCCUCCCUGGGAGCAGCAGUGACAUCAACCAGCCCAGAGGGCUGCCAGGCCUGGCCGUCACGUGGAGCCAAGCAGAGGCAGAGCUCAUGUGACUCAGCCCCAGCAGGAACAUGGCAAACUCAACACAGGGCCUCCCCACCGCCGAGCUCUGGGCCUCCCAUAACAAGAUGGUGAUGGAGCCACUUGACACCAACGACCCGGAGGUGCACAGCAUCAUCAAGAAGGAGAAGCAGCGGCAGAGGCUGGGGCUGGAGUUGAUUGCAUCGGAGAACUUUGCGAGCCGAGCGGUCCUGGAGGCCCUGGGAUCCUGCAUGAACAACAAAUACUCCGAGGGUUACCCGGGACAGAGGUACUACGGCGGGACGGAGUUUGUGGAUGAGCUGGAAAGACUGUGCCAGAAGCGAGCCCUGGAGGCCUACCGGCUCGACCCCCAGAAGUGGGGUGUCAACGUCCAGCCCUACUCAGGGUCACCCGCAAACUUUGCGGUGUACACGGCCCUGGUGGAGCCCCACGGCAGGAUCAUGGGGCUGGACCUGCCCGACGGAGGCCACCUCACCCAUGGGUUCAUGACGGACAAGAAGAAGAUCUCUGCCACCUCUGUUUUCUUUGAGUCCAUGCCGUACAAGGUCAACCCCAAGACUGGUUACAUCGACUACGACCAGCUGGAGAAUAACGCCCGGCUCUUCCACCCCAAGCUGAUCAUAGCAGGUGUCAGCUGCUACUCCCGCAACCUGGACUACGCCCGCAUGCGGAAGAUUGCAGAUGCCAACGGCGCCUACCUGAUGGCCGACAUGGCCCACAUCAGCGGGCUGGUGGCCGCCGGCGUGGUGCCCUCGCCCUUCGACCACUGCGACGUCGUCUCCACCACCACCCACAAGACCCUGCGGGGCUGCAGGGCCGGCAUGAUCUUCUACCGCAAAGGCACCCGCAGCGUGGACCCCAAGACAGGCAAGGAGACACUCUACAACCUGGAGAGCCUCAUCAACCAGGCGGUCUUCCCGGGGCUGCAGGGAGGCCCACACAACCACGCCAUUGCAGGGAUCGCCGUGGCACUGCGCCAGGCCAUGACCCCCGAGUUCAAGGCUUACCAGCAGCAGGUGGUGGCCAAUUGCAAGGCCCUCUCAUCAGCGCUGAUGGAGAUGGGCUACGACAUCGUCACAGGGGGCUCUGACAACCACCUGAUCCUCCUGGACCUGCGCAGCAGAGGCACAGACGGCGGCCGGGCCGAGCGGGUGCUGGAGAUCUGCUCCAUCGCCUGCAACAAGAACACCUGCCCCGGUGAUGUCAGUGCCCUGCGCCCCAGCGGGCUGCGGUUCGGGACACCCGCGCUCACCUCCCGCGGCUUCCAGCAGGACGACUUCCGCAAGGUGGCUCAGUACAUCCACAAAGGGAUCGAGCUGACGCUGCGCGUGCAGAAGGACAUGAGCCCCAAGGCCACGCUGAAGGAAUUCAAGGAGAAACUGGAGGAGGACAAAUACCGUGCGGAGCUGAAGGCACUGAAGGAAGAGGUGGAAGCCUUUGCAGCCACCUUCCCACUCCCAGGGCUGCCUGUCCUGUAAGGGGAGACACCCGUGCUCUGCUCCCGGAACCCUGGGAGGACCUGGGAUCACGGCACGCUCACACCCCAACACCCCAGUGCCUUCUCCCAGCACCUCCCUGCUGGAACUGCAGCAGCAGCUCAUCCUUUGCCUCUUACUCCCCUCUCCCUCCCGUGUGGGGCACAGGGACCCCUGAGCACAGCCCCUGUAGGGACACCAGCUCUUCACCACUCAGUGUCACCACUGGGACCGAGCACCAGGUCACCCUCACCUCAGAGCCAGGUGCCACCCAGCUCCUACUGCCUGUGGGAGCAGCACAUGAGGCCGGUCUGUCCACAUUCCCUGGACACACUGCCCACAGCAGCGGGAGGGAUGGAGGGUCCAGCUGCACAAAAGAACUCACAACCACUAAAAGCCCCCCUGGUUUCAGCCUCAAGGAUUCCCCUUCAUCCUAUGUGCCUUCCCAUCUCCUCUGCAGGCUCUGACAAGGCCAGGCCUUGUCCCUAACAUCCCUCCUGGGAUUACCUCCCAUCCUAGCCAGAGCCUCAGGUAUUUUUCUCAGACCUCUGAGCACAAAGCUUAGGUUGAACCAUUUUUUAAUAAGCACGGUAAAAUUAAGAAUUUAACCACAAUGUAUGACAAGAAUUAUAAGCUUUAAAAAAUACAACCGAUUUUUUUUUUUUUUUUGUAUUUCAAAAAUAUCUGAA